CGUCCUCCACGUCACACGCUCGCGAUUCGACUCCCAUUUCGUGGCAGGACAGAGACAAAGCAGAGCUAGCGAUCUCUGCAGCUUUCUUGUUCCUAAUUCGAUUCCCAUGGCGCACUCCCACUCUGCGGCUUCGCUGCACGCCGCCCGGCUACUACCGCAGCAGCGCACGCCCACCGCGCCACGGACACUGUUGCCGGCGGGCGGUGGCCUCUUGCUCCGCCGCCCCCACCCACCGCUCCACCAGCAGCGCCGCAGCCGCUCCUCCUCUCGUCCUGACCUCCGCUGCCGCCGCCGCCUCCUCACCGCGCGGGGUGACUACGACUUCUACGAGAACUAUGCCGAUGAAGAAGGAGAUGAGGAGGAGGAGUCGGAAGUCAUAGGUGGGAGCUUCGACGCGGCGGUGGCGCUGUUCAACGGCGGCGAGUUCCACGCGUGCCACGACGUGGUGGAGGAGCUCUGGUACACCGCCGAGGAGCCCACCCGGACGCUGCUCCACGCCAUCCUCCAGUGCGCCGUCGCCUUCCACCACCUCUUCAACCAAAACCACCGUGGCGCCAUGAUGGAGCUCGGGGAAGGCCUCUGCAAGCUCCGCAAGCUGCGUCUCGACGACGACACCACGAGCCCAUUCUCUCGGUUCCAGGAGGAGGUCGCCGCGGCGCUCAACUUCAUCUACCGCACACAGAAGGAGCUCGCGGCGUGCACCGACGAUCUCUGCCUCACCAUGGAUGGCUCCGCGACCUCCUACCAGCUGCUUGGCAACUUCGCCGCUGGCCAGAAGCUCUACCGGCUUGAAACAACAACCAGUGCAGAUGGAGAUGGCGUUCCAACUAUAAUCUUCUCUGCUUCUUCACGACUCGUCAGGGUGAAGCUCCCCACAUUGAGCGCCACGGAGCAUCAUCUAGCAGCGCUUCAAUGUACAAGCGAGUAUAUUUAGUUUCUUUUUUUUUCCCUGAUAAAAUGUUUAGCUCUUCCGAUCCGUUUGAACCAAAUUGUAGUUUUCUGUACUUGGGAAACGAGGAAUGGAGUCAAAUGGAUUAUAGUACCAUUGGUUUCCUUUUCUUUC